UCGUGACCAUAGCUAAUCUAGAUCAUAGUCAAUCGUGACUUAAGUAUUGUACCAAUCGUUUAAUCAUGGCUUCAUCAAGGAAAAAUAAUCUGUUAACUGAUGUUCAAAGAUCCAUUUUGUCUCGGUAUUUUGACCAAGGCAUGACUGGAAAGGGUCAAGCCCACAACGAUCUCAUUGAACAGGCCAGUGCAGAAGCCAAAGUGACUAAGGAAACUGUAAAGAAUUGGAUUGGAAGCGAACGAAAGAAGAGAAAAGCAGCGGCAAGUUCGACUUCGAGUGAUCAAGAUACCGCACCGUCAGCAAAAAGCGUAAAAAGCAUCCCCUGCAUACGAGCUCCCACGUCAUACAAUAACUUUUGUAAGGAGCUGUUCAACAAAGGUAAAAGUUUAUGA